AUGGGUAAUGAUAAUCAAUUUGUUGAACAACCUCCACCUGCCUUCAUUAGUCCAACAACUACAAACAAAGACGGCAUUAUCGCUCUUCAAACACCAGUUGAACCUAUUGAUAGCCGACAAACUCUACUGAAUGAACAGAAAUUUUCGACAAAAACGCGUCGUCCAUCUUCAGCAGCAUCGUUUUUAACCGCCGAUAAAAUCUUUGCUAUCGCUCUUUUUAUCCUACUAAUCAUCCUUAUCGCAUAUAUUCUAUUCCAAGGAAAAAUUACUGACGUGAAGAUAAGUCGUCUGACUAAUAAUGUCGAUUUUAAAUCCAACGAUAUCCGUAUGAUAUUAGAAGAAAUCAAUCGAACGUUGAAAUCGAUCGAACAUCUUCUUGUCGAGCAAACAAAAAAGACAAAUAUUAAUCUACAAUUAAACGGACAAGAUAUUCGAGAAUUCUAUACAAAUCAAACAGUGUUAAAUGAAUUUCUACGUCGAUAUAAAGGUCGUCUAUAA